AUGAAUGUGGAACUAGCAGGAGGUUUGAUAAACCUAGGACUAGGAUUCUAUAAAAAGCCGUUAAAAAAGUGUAAAAUAUACUAUGCAAGUCAAACGGGAACGGCAGAGAGGUAUUCGAGAACAUUGGCACAGAAACUGCUGAAAGUAACAAACAUAUGCGAAGAAUCGCCAGCAAAUUUGCAAGACUACGUGGAGGAGGACUUCACGCGAGAGGAUGCCGUGAUAGUAUUUUUAGUCGCAACACACUACGAUGGCUUAUUUCCAGACGAUACAGGAAGAUUCGUUAAAUACAUAAGGAGGCUGGUGAGGAAUGAAGUUAGGCUAGACAACUUGAAGUACUGCGUCUUUGGACUGGGGAGUUCGGACUACGAGUACUACAACGAGGCAGCGAAAAACAUGCAGAAGUCGCUAAAGGAGCUGGGAGCAGAGGAGUUUACACCAAUAUACCUGUGCGACGAGUUAAACGGAGUGGGCAGAGAGUUUGAAAGGUGGCUGGAUCAGCUGUUCAAGGGGCUAUGCAGGCUGUACAACAUAGAGUACGCGAGUCUGAACUUAAAGAGCCUGAAGGAGCAUGACUACUUCAAGUCAUGGAGAUACUUGUGCGACUUGGAGUUGAGAUUCGUGAACAUAUCACUGGAAAGUAACUUCGAGCCCGUGCCGAAUGACAUAAUAUGUAAACAGCAGUACCAGGGCGUGGAGGUGAAGGUGAAGGAAAACGUAAAUCUGAUACCAAACGCAGACCAGUCAGUACAUCACAUAGUGUUUGAUUAUGACGGGGAGUACAGCGUAUCGGACACGGCAUAUCUGUUAUACCGCAAUCCAAGGCACAUCUGUAGUAUGUCUAUUAGUUUGUAUGGGAAGUAUCCAGAACUAUUAUUAGAUUUGAGUAAGGAGAUAACAUUUGUGCCAAGAUAUGGAAAUGUGAGAGAGAAAGUGACAUUUUCACCACCGUUUCCAAUACCAACCACCAUUAAGGACUCUCUGGAAUUGUAUUGUGACUUGACGAGUUUACCGUCCGACGAUGAAAUCAUGAAGUUCUGCUGCUUUUUAAAGGAUAAGAAGGACGUUGAAAGGAUAACGAAGCUAGUGAGGAAUGAAAAGAUCAUGAAGCAAAUAAGAGAGGAAGUGAAGAUGACAUUGCACGAGUUCAUGAUGCUGUUCUUCCCAAACGUUAAGUUUAACCUAAGCGGAUUCCUGCAGCUGGUGCCGAAGCAGAAGCCAAAGCCGUACACAAUAUCAUCUAGGCCUAAGACUGGUGAGUUGACAGUGACAGUCAAGUUAAUAGAGUAUAAUUUGCAUUCACUAAAGACCUUUUACAACGUAAACGUCAAAAGAGAGUUGUUUAAUGAGUCUAUCGCAUAUAACGAGUUGAUAAAAAGAAGAAUAUACAAAGGAAACUGUAGCAGGUAUUUAUGUGAAAUGAAAGAAGGACAAAAGAUUAAGUUGUUCGUGAGAACAUCGUUGUUUGCCAGUGUAAACAUGAAUGCGCCAAUGCUACUAAUCGCAAACGGGACAGGGAUUGCAGCCUUCAGAGGAAUAUGGCAUUCACUUAAAAACACCUGCAAUAACACUGGUGCCAGUAGUAUGACUAGUAGCGAUAAAAGUACCAGUAGUGCUAGCUCUAGUAGCAACGAGGUUACGAUGAUGCUAGGGUUCAGAACAACGAACCACGUGUUGUACAAAGAAGAGCUUGAACAGCUGAGUCAACAGGAGAACGUCAGGAUACUGUACGCGUUCUCGAGAGAACAGGAUAAAAUAUACGUCCAAGAGUUAGUUAAGAAUAACCUGGAGUUGAUAAGAGGAGUGUUAGACCGCGGAGGAACGAUUUGUAUAUGCGGGUGA